AUGCGCGACGGCGACUGCGGUGAGGCGCAGUCACUGCCUCCGCCGGUUGUGGAGGACGCAUCUGCCGCGGUCAUCGCGGAUGCGGUUGACACAAGUCGCCACGACCUCUCUUGCUCUCCAUCGGCAGCGACGGAAAAUUCGACGCUUGCAUUCUCGCCGCCGACGCAGGAGCCAACACCGUUGCCGACGCCUGCCGCGCGGCUCUUUGCUUCGCGGCCCACCCCGAGCGCCUCGCCACUCAUCGCCGGCACACGACCAUCGCGCUGGCCGAGCACCUCGCCGCUGCGCUCUUGCGGAAGUCCCAUCGUGACCUUCGCGCCAUCGACCCGCUUUGAUCAGUGCCGCCAGCGCACCAAUGUGGCGGUACGGCGAUCGGAUGACGUGCCGCACUUCGCGCUGCCGAUCCCCUUGCUAGAGCUGCCGCUGUCGUCCACGUGGGCCUCAUCAGGGCAGAUGACGGACUCCGCGUUGCGGGCCAUUGGACUACAACAGCCCCGCGUCCUCGCCGGAAGCCCACCCACGCCCUCGCCACGGCAGACCCCUUCGUCUACGCAGAGCGAGGGCCUCAGGGACUUUGCGGUGGAUGACUUCAGCGACACUGCAUCCUCCGCUGACUCUGCGUGCUCUACAAAUUCGUCAUCGACGAUGCUCCUCGACAGCGACAUCCCUGCCGUGCGGCCGCGCACUCCGCCCUCACUGGCGCUUGGACUUUCGAUCCCCAGCGUGGUUUUGCUAGUGCCGCCGGACUGCAAGUACUCAGCUAUUCCCUCGGUGAUGGAUGAGAUCGACAGCUCAGCUGUCGCCGCCGUGGACGCUGCUACGAAGACAACGCCGCCGUCGCUCGCGAACACCAGGGACGUGUCAUUCGCCCUGCUCGAGCCAGAGAAGCUGGCGCGCACAACAGCCCGUUUCCUCACUGAGACUGUUGUCUCGAUUCGCGAGCAGUGUCACGUGGCCAGCGCGGAGACGGCAAGAAUGAGCGUUGCUCUCGCUCAAUGCCGCAAAACGGCACCAGCGGCGUGCCUGAUGGACACGUCACGCCUGACGAGUAUGAAGGUGCCACCACCACCACCACCACCACCACCACCGCUUCUCGAGAGCCUCUCGCUGUCGUCGACCCCCGAGGUGACGCCGUCUAUACCACCACUGCUGCUGGCGCCGUCGCCGCCGAACUCAGUUGAGCUGGCAAACUCGAAAAUGGUGCUGCGGGUGCCUGACACACCCAGCAAACGACUGCACGCCGCUCCUCUCGAUCCCGUCUGUCCCGGCAACAAUGUGGAGUUGCUGGUGAACGCCGCAGCAGAGGUGACGACCCUGUGGCAACAUAAGUCCUCGCCCACCGCCAUUGUACUCUCGCGGUGGGGUGGCGAAGAGAUCGAUGAGUCCCCACACCCUACUGGCUCUCCGGCCGACAAGGCAGCAGCGGCGAUAUUCACGGCGACAAUCGCUGAGGUAUCUUGUGACAGCAACCUCGGCACCGGGGCCAUCGAUGCGCAGCCAUCGAAAGCUACCACGCCGCCGCACACGUCCUGCGUGGCCGCACCCAGUAGCGGCGGUAGCGACGCUAGUGACAGGUGUGAGGGCACAGUGGAGAACUUCUGCACUUCCUUCGCCGGCACUGAGCAGGUCGGCGAAGACGGCGCGGCCGUGACCACCCAUCCAACACCGCAUCCUCCGCCACUUCCUGCCGAGAUUCGCUUCCCUCAUGACCAGGAGCGUUGUGCCGUCGACUCCGCCGCUGCGGCGGGCACGGCGCGACUGCGGUCACCGAGCAAGGCCCACACACCUUCGAGGCCGCGUCUUUUUCAGCACCCGCUGAAGUGUUCUCCAGGCGUGGCCACGCGCAGCCUGGCCAUGGCCUUCGGGGCGGGACGAUCCCCGCCCUCGUCCGCCGAGUCGCAUGUGGAAAAGGACGGCGGAACUCAUGAGAGGCUCUCGCAACCACCACUGCGCAUCAACGCUGCGAGAGAAGCUCUACAGAGCAGCUGUGAAGGACCUGCUGCUAUUUCUGUCGCCAUGACCAGCGGCAUCGCUCGUGCCGCGUUUCAGCACCUUGGCUGUGCCGUGGUUGAGCAGGACGACAGCGCCGACGCCACUUCACCGGCGAAGCAGCCCAUUCACAGCGGCAGCAGCAGCAGCCGCAGCUGUGACGUCGGUGCAGGUACGCCGUGCCUGGUGAAAGCACCAAAGGAUGCCGCGGCAGCAAGCUCACCACUGCCGCUGGCAUCACCGACACCACCGCGCUCAGUGCUAGCGACAGGGUAUCUGUCGUUGUUCCGCCUCAGCGGUGACCAAGGCAGCAGCCACCUCCCUCGGUGCCCUCAGCGACAGCUCCCGAUGCAGCCGAUAACGCCCUUCGCCAAAGAUAUCACCUCUGCCACGACGAGCAGACCUCAUCAAUCGUCGUCAUCACCCGUGCGGCAGCCAACAGGGGGCCUCGAUGUAUCCUUGUUGUCCCUCACAAUGGAGUCCGGCUCUGCACCAAGGCGGUCAACGAACUUGUCUCUUUCUGGCACACCGUUGCAGCACGCGUUCCCGAUGCUCUGCGGCUCCCCGCACGCCUUGACAGCGACGAUCGCGACAGCACGUCAGUACUCCGGUAGUGAAGGGUCGAGAAGCCCUACAUCUACGGCUCGGAGCGGGCCCAGGCUCCUCUCUCCGUUUCCGCCGCUCAGCCGCAACGCGCCGUAUGGCGGCUCGGCCCCAAUCUCGCCAAAGGGGGCUGGUACGACAGAUGAAUAG